AUGGCCGACGAAGUCCAGGACACGGGCCGUGUGCCCAAGCAGAGCAAGUGGAAGAUGUUCAAGCGCGAGGAUUCGGUUGCCAAACACGAGAAGAAGAAGAUGAACGAGGCCGAGGUCAUGGACUUCCUCAAGCCCUCGACUGAGAAGGGCGCCCCUCGCAUAGACGUGGCUACCGCCCAGCGCUGGCCCGGCGCCUCAGAUCUGCUGUCCAAAGCCAAGAACAACUACAAGCCCGACCCCAAUUUGUCGAGCUCCCUGCCCUCGUCGCUGCGGGGCUCGGGUGCCCGCCCGUCGCGGCCGCGCUCCAAGACCCUCACCGUGGGCUUCCUCAACGACCCGCCCCACGUCAUUGGCGAAGGUGGUGACGAGUCGGAAAUCCCUCCAAUUGAGAUAUCGCGGCGCCGUGUUGCCGCCGCGAGGGCUGCAAAGGCGGAGGGCAGGAAGUUCAACGAAUCAGACAUCGGUCGGUCCAUGACUGUCACACACAGGACCCUAGAGCGCCCUGAUCACGUCAAGAGAGCUCAUACGUCUUGGGGGGAAGUCUCGCCCGGCCUGCAGUCGCGCUUCAACCGGCCCAAAUCGCCUCCCCCUCAGGCGCAGCCCACCGACCCCGAGGCCGACGAGGACGAGAGCCGCGGGUUCCAGCGUCCGCGUGCCGCUACCGGUGCCACGAUUGCGGAUCCCAACCCGGAUGAUGAGCCAGACUUUAGGCCCGGGCCGUUGAAGCGGUCGCAGACCGGUCUCUCAGAGAUGAUGCCCGAAUCUCCGGAAGAUGAUGACCCACCCCGACUGCCCGAGCUAUCAAAGGUCACUUCCACAUCCUCAGACGGGUCCUCCCUUCAUUUCAGCCCAGAGUUGAACAACUAUCUGUCGUCUGAGCCCGUAAACCCCAAUUCGCUCGCUGCCCGCGUGCAACUCCAGAUGCGGAACGACGAGGGCCAAGCGUUGCAUCAAGCUACGGCUAACGCAGAGCCGUCGCCUGAGGAUGAUCGGUUACCAUCCAUGUCUAGCUCGAGCACGUUCGAAGUGGGAUCGCCGCGGUCAAUGUCCUCUACCUCAUACAGAAGGCCGUCAUAUGAUCAAGGCGCUAAGGCACCACCCCGGCCGAACCCCUUUGAUGAUCCGACGUCUGGGCGGAGACCCUCAUCUGCUUCGUCGGGCGACCACGCCUCUCUCACGCACUCUAAUACCAGCCCUACCGACACUACGAGCUCGCAGCGCGACUUCGUCACCAGCCCUCCGCAUUCUCGCCCACCCUCUUCCGGUUACUUUCAGCCAGGCCUGGUGCCUCCUCCCGUGCCUCCCCACGCAUCUUCUCCCAAUUCCAUCGACGCUCUCACCCCGACCCAACGCGACUUUGAUAGCCGCGACAAGUCACCAAUGAGGUCCCCUGCCCUUAAUGUCGAGAUCCCUAAGCAGGCUCCGCGCUCGCCCAAUGUUCUCGCCGACCGCACCACCGCCUGGAGUGCAACCUCCUCUGGCCACCGCGCCGAUCUUGUCGCCGCCGGCGAUGCUGCUCUUGACGACUUUGCUGAGCGCGUAGAGCAUAUGCGUGGUGUGUUUAGGCUCACCGCAGAAGCCAAGAAGUCGAUUGACUCCUUUGGGCCAAUGACGUGGCUACGAGCUGCUAUCUGGUGGUUUCUGAAGGGCCGCUCCGGUCUAGAGGUCAUGAUCAGGAACCGACCCCGCGGUCAGCCGCAAGGAGAGCAGCUGCUUACUCAGGCCCACGUCGAUUUGGCCAAGACUUGGUGGAUACUGACAGAGGUGCUGGAAACUCAUCCGAGCAUCAGGAAAUGUGGCAAGCUUGGCGCUCAAGCCGACGCAGCACGUGCUGCUGGAGAUGAAGAGAUGGUGGAGAUUUUUGAAGUCCAAGAGUCUACUCUGAGCAGCCUGAAGGGUCUUCUCAUCUCCGUUUCCAGGAACAACAUGAUGCCGCCCGAGAACGCCCUCAUCCAAGGCCAAAAUCAGGACAUUUGGGUCAAUUACCCCACCUUUACGCCGGACGUGGAGGCAGUUCUCGGAGGAAAGAGCAGAUCAAUCGUCGUUGAUAAUGCCAGCAAGGCGAUCAACCCUCGAUCCGUUAUGCCCCUCAACGACACCAAGGACGACUUCUGUUACGGCCGCAUCUUCGUCAACGUGGGUAUCAGCUCCGAAGACGACGACGAUCUGUCCGGAAUCUCCCUCCCAGCCGUGCUUACCAUCAUGCGCCCGCACAAUGAUUGGAAUGUCAAGGUUGGCAUCUGCAGCCAAACGGAUCUUCUCACCUGUGCAGUACAAGGAGACCCGAAGAAGGGUAUCACUUGGGCAAAUGUCAAGUGGAAGACUAGCACUCGCGGCCUUUACAUCCGUCUGCCCCGUGGUUUUACUCUGAGUGUUGACCUGGAAGAGAAAGAUUACCGGAUGCUCUGGGGUAUCUGUGAUUACACACGCCAGGUCGAGACCAGCAUGAACACUCGUCCUGACGAGCAAUGCAUCCAUGAAGUCACAGUGCGUGACCUCCAGUACAAGGACCCGCAGAACCCUUCCGCCUUCCCGCCUGACAGGAUCAAACGCUGCAAGGUCCGCAUCUUCGAGAAGUUUGUCAUGGUCAACGAGGGUACUGGACAACGGAAGCUCCAUCGUGGUUAUCGCCUUCUCCUCGUUACAAGCCCCAGGAGCAAGACUCUCAGUAGUGUUGUCCAUGAAUACACUGGGAAACGCCCUAUCAUCUUCGAAUUUAGGAGUGACCCUGCUGACGCCAACGUUCCCUUGAUGAUGCUGAGGAUCAAAGAGGACGGAAAGAAGACGUGCACUGCUAUCAUGAGCUUCAAUGAUACUAGAGAACGUGUGCAGCUGUUCCAAGUCAUCAACGGUCUUUCGAUUGGUCCGGAUGAGUUCUGUCCCGCUCAAGUGCCUCUGAAGGGAUACUUGGUGGAAAAGAUUGGAAUGAAGGAGGUUUUCGCCGCUGGUCACGACAUCGUGAAGAAGAUGCAGUGGGCAGACGUCAAGGUUCUCAACAGGGAGCCCGACGACCCGGAAGUCGAAGUCCCGCAGACGAUUCUCUCCGAGGAUUUGCGUGUCAUCACGAGGCAUUCUUGCGGAUCGAUAACUGACCGCUUGAACCUUGGACCUGGCGAGAUGCUCGUCAGGCUCGACAACAGCGGCAACCCCGACAUUCACUUCCUCCGCUACCCGCAAGAGGAUGCUACAGCCGCUGUUGACGCCAAGCGUGCCGAUGCACAGGUCCCGGAUGCGCUUGCCGAUUUCUUGCGGACCAUUAAGACGUCACCUACCAUCAGAAGCUAUUGUUUCAAGGAUCAUGAAGCCAUGCAUAAGUUCCAGGCAGCCGUCACCGGGUUCGAAGUCAGAUAUGACGGCAUUGCUGCGACUCUUGCCAUUUCACGCAGGCGAAUGGUUGUUCCCAUUUACAAGCGGUGGGAGGCGCAGACGGUCCGGCUCCAGAUCCUUCAACAAGCCAACACUUUCCAAUUCUGCGCGUACAUGGAGGACUUUUCGCACUCGGAUGCCAUGAACUUCCAAAUCAAGACCAUGGAUCUCUUUGAAAAGAUCGAGCUCAAGGGCAGCAAGGGUGGCAAGGGUGAAAGGGGCCGUUUCGGGUUGAGGAUGGUUGAUGCGAAGUUCUGGCUGCCUCCGGAGAAGAAGAGGGAGCAUGGUCCUGUGGAUGAAGUUGAGCAGGCCAAGAGAAGAUUUGCAUGCCUUGACAUGCCGGAGUAUCCGGGUGAACACGAUGACAUUACGCUGGGUUUCGAGACCGAGGCUGAGCGAGACCGUUUCUCGGACGCCUUGCCAGCCGCCACCCAAGCUUCGAAGUUUACGUUGAGACGGAAGAUUUGA